AUAUCUACCUAAAAGUGGUAGGAUCUGACGUGUAGUUUACAGAUUUCAUUGUGUCUCUAAAAACGGUGUUUGCUUCAAUUCAGUAUUUUCUUAUCUUAUCAGUCUAAAAAUUUAUCAAGAGGCUUUGUUUUAAACACCCCGUCAUUUGUCUUUAGUGAAAUAUCUGAAGAUCAUAGAGAAAUUAACAUGGCUCCGUCAGUACAAACGUUUAUAAAUUCGUUCAGCAAUAAACUAGAGGAACCCGUAAGACAACACUUGAAAAAUGUUUACGCUUGUCUCACAAUGUCAACUAUGGCAGCGGCAGCUGGCGCUUCCAUUCAUCUCUUCACUAACAUCAUUCAAGCUGGCUUUUUGGCAUCUGUAGGGGCACUUGUAUGUUUCUUCUUAUUAAUGACCACACCUGAUGAUAAUGGCAAAAAGUUGCAUCUAAGAAUUGGUUAUUUACUUGGAUUCGCUGGGCUUACUGGAGUAGGAAUGGGGCCUUUGCUUGAACAUGUUAUUUUGUUAGAUCCAAAUUUAAUCAGUACAGCAUUAGCAGGAACAACUUUGGUAUUUAUAUCAUUUUCAAUUUGUUCAAUGUUGGCUGAAAGAGGAAAAUGGUUGUACCUAGGUGGUACUUUAAUGACACUUUUAAAUACAGUGUUGUUAUUAUCAUUUGCAAACUUAUUCUUUGGAUCAAAUCUGUUGUUCCAAGCUCAUCUCUAUUUGGGUUUGGUGAUGAUGUGCGGAUUUGUUUUGUAUGAUACUCAAUUGAUCAUUGAAAAGCGCCGUAUGGGUAGUAAAGAUUUUGUGGCACAUUCCAUGGAUUUGUUUAUCGACUUUAUCGGAAUGUUCAAGAGGAUUUUAAUCAUUUUAUCACAGAAGGCUAGGGCAAAUCAGGAGGAGUCCUCCCGCAGGAAACGUAGAAACUGAGCGGUGAAUUAAGAAGUCAAAGAUAUCUUAGGACUGAAGAGGAGGAGGAGGUGUGAGGAAAAUGUAAUUUUUAUUUUUGGUUAUAAAUUAUUUCUGGAAAGUGAAUUUAAAAAAAAAUGUAUUUUCAUUAUAUUUAUAAUAAUAAUAAAACUAUUGAAUACAUAUAAGUAGGUUGUAGCUUUUAGGUGGAACUGUAUAUUAUCAUUAACUUGUUGCAAUAAAUCAUUUAAUUCUUAUAUUUCUUCAA